AUGGGUUGGGAGAACACGCCCGCUCAGCCUAAGGCUGGUCCUACUUCAUUCCAAGUUAGAGAUACCGACGGCCCAGUUGAAAUGGUAACUGGACCGACACCCUACUAUUCGACAGAACGACAGGAUUAUCCGCGACGGAAUAUGUAUAACAAAUAUAAUAAAUCAGCUCUACCUUGGUGGAAUCCAAGAUCAUGGAGGAAAAGAACUUGGGCUAUCGUUGUAGUAGCUCUUAUAAUCAUCAUCAUCGUCGCCGUAGUCACUCCCGUUGAGGUCGCUAAGGCAAACCGCUACCCAAAUUAUACCAAACUCAAUUAUGCCUUGGUGGACGAAUAUUCCGGGACGUCCUUCUUCGACAAGUUCAAUUAUUUCACAGGAUACGAUCCGGCGCAGGGAUUCGUUCAUUAUGUCCCCGAAGCGCAAGCUUCGCAACUGAAUCUCACCUAUGCUUCUGAGGAUUCGGCCAUUAUAAGAGUCGAUACCAGCGUCGGUCCCCAGUCCACACCUGAUGCAUCGACGGGCCGUUUCUCCGUGAGACUUGAAUCUCAAACGCAGUACGAUGACGGCCUUUUUAUCUUCGAUGUAAAGCACACGCCGUUCGGGUGUGGAACCUGGCCCGCCUUGUGGCUCGUCGACCCCGCCAACUGGCCGGACCACGGUGAGAUCGACAUCAUGGAGGCUGCGAACCAAGCUACCGACGGCAACCAGAUGACGCUGCACACGACAGAUGGCUGCUCGAUGGACGUGAAGCGUAUAAUGAGCGAUUCGGGUCUUUCAAACGACUGUUACAACGCUACCGACAACAAUGCCGGCUGCGGAGUUAGAGGCGACGCCGCUACUUACGGCAGCGCGUACAACAACGCACAGGGCGGCAUUAUCGCCAUGGAGUGGCGUAACGAGGGUAUCCGGGUGUGGCAGUUCGGCAGGAGCAACAUCCCUACCGAUAUCACCGCCAGGAACCCGGAUCCGAGCAGCUGGGGCUCAGCCUCUGCGGACUUUCCGAACACAAACUGUGACAUCGGCUCGCACUUUAAGAACCAGAGUAUCAUCGCCAACAUCGAUCUCUGCGGACAAUAUGCCGGCGCUUUGUACGCUACUAGCGGCUGCCCGAGCAACUGCACCGACUAUGUUGCUAACAACCCCGAAGCCUUUAUCAAUGCAUUUUGGGAGUUUGGUAAAUUCGAAGUCUACAAGGCUACGUAA